AUGCCUUUACAGGCCACCAAACCACAUCUAAUGUCCAUUCUCCCCGGCCCCAUCUGCUUCUAUCGAUCAGCCUUCCGUAUGCGCGUUCGAGGGUGUCAAAAGCUCUUCACCACUUUUCCCUCCAGAGCUACAGCUACCGGUUCUCCCAGAAAAGUGUUGUCAGUCCCAAAGCCAAUGUCUGGCGCGGUUUCACCCAGCGUUGCUCCAAGUGCCUCAGAGGUUCGAGAUAGCCGCCUCAGUCUCUUAGCCAAUAACCUAGCCCGGGAUGGCAAGGCAACACUAUUCCAGGCUGAAUCUCAUGCUGGCUAUAUGUACGCAGGUUGGAUGGGAGGUAUAAUCUGCCUUGGUGGCGCCUUGCUCUUACUUCACGAGGAUGUAUAUGACGCAAACAAGGAAUUGCCAUGGUUUGUUCCGGCUGUUUUCCGCGUUUCAGCAGUCCUCUUGAUCGGAUUUGCUGGCUGGGCCAUUGGUCGAUCAGCUAGGCGGAUUUCUUCAAUUCAGAUCCUGCCAGGAAAUGAUAAAGCACGGCUGGUUUUGAACGUCCGACGCAAUAUUCCUCUUCCUUUCAUCAAACCACAGAGAAUGACCGUGCUUGCCUCAGACGUUACUCUUCAACGAAAGGUGGUCAUACCAAUGGGGAAACAAUUUCAGGCUGCGCCCAGCUUAAGAAACCCUGAUCAGAGCUUCAUACUAAGGGUUGCAAAGAGCAUUGGUGCCGCACUGUCCAGGUUCUUCUCUGGCGCCAGACAGUUUAUCUUUUCUGAUGGCAUCAUCUGGGUUUCUAUCAAAGGUCGUGGUGGCAGCUGGAAGCUUGACGGCUAUGGAAGGUUCCCCGAGAACGGCAAUCGUUUUAGUGCACGAGAAGACAGAAGAUACGGAGAGCCUGCCCGGGAAUGGAGACCCUUUGAAACCCGCACACAUGGAGACAUCGUGUUGUUUCGUAACCCUGAUCCUACGCGGAACAAUCGCGACUUUCCAAGGUGCACGGAGAAAAGCUAUGAGGAAUGGAAGCUUGAAGGGUAUAUUGAGAGUGGUAUGAUGAUUCCAACAGAUGACUCGGCUUCGUUGGCCUUCAGAAAUCCUUUGGUAAUGCUCCAAGGAUCCACAUCCAUGGUUGAAAUCGUGGUGGGUGAAGAGGCAGCAGUAUGGUAUCUGCAUGAGAAAAUUCUCACUGCAGGCUCCGCGUUCUUCAAGGCCGCCAUCAACAGCAGAUUCAGAGAAGGCAUUGAGCGGAAGAUCACUCUUGCUGAAGAUGAAAAUCGGGUCUUCCAACUCUUUGUUCAAUAUCUCUAUUCGAAAACCUUCCAGGCUAGCUCAAUGAGACUGCUCCUCCGAGCUUAUGUCCUUGGUGACAAGCUGGGAGCUUCCCACUUUCGGGCUCAUGCCUUCGACAAGAUAUUCAGCCACAACUUCAGCCAGUGCCAAUUUACAGCCGAACAAGUCCUUUGGGUUUUUGACAAUACUCUGCCUGGGUGUGCGCUUCGAAGGUUUAUCGCAGAUACAAUUGCUUACAGCACCCUGCGGCAGAACUUGGAUUAUGGAAAAGAGGAAUGGGGAACGCUGGCUCCUGUCAUGCCGGAGCUAAUGGAGGGAGUUAUCUCGAUUGCUGGAGUGCAGGACGCAAAAGACAAAUGGACCAAAAAGUCUAGGUUGGCAUACCAGGAUUGA